AACUUUAUAAGAAUGGGCCUGGGUUUAGAGGGCACCUUUUGUCUACCAAGGCGAUGGCAACUGAUAAACGAGGACUCCGAGACACUACUCAGUUGCAGCCUGCCCUGGCAGAUAUCCCGGACUGUUGUAGAUGCUAACUCACUCUCUUCUUCGGGAACCCCAUGUAGCAGCAAGAUGUUUGAGCGUGACCGGGUCUCCAGAUCUUCCAGAGUCUUCAACACAAGGUCCAUUUGCUUUUGGAGGCUCUCCACCAUCUUCCAUAUAAGCUGUUUGAAUGUUUGAUAGUCAUCUUGGAUUUCUGGCUUCAGAGUGCUCUCUGAUGCCACGGAGUUCUCAAAGGAAGCCAUGCGAGAAGAAAAUAGGUUCUUCAUUUCCUCCAUACCUUUUUGAAGUUGUGACAAAAGAUCCAUCGCAAGUGUAGUUAGUGACUUUUUCGAACUGUGCUUUAACUCUUACUGUUGGUGUGCAGAAGUAUUGAAAACAGCUGUAGGCGGCACCGAGGCCACGGACACUCGGACACGAUGCCAGGUCCACCGAUAUCCCCCCUACAUUUGGUGGAAGCUAUACGUCAAAUAGUUGACCAACUACAGUGGGACACGGUCUCUUGUGUCGCUCACUCCAUGGGGUAUCUCAUUUGCGCGUAUUACAACGCAGUGUACCCCGGUCGAAUACGAAGGCUGGUGUCACUGGCUGGUGCGAUCAGCAUCCAGCUACACGGGCUGGUCGAACUGCCGAAGGACUGGUUCGACAUCAGCAUCGCCAGCUACUACCGUCGCUAUUUCCAGCCUCCAGCACCCUUAACCUACACAUAUAAGAAGGCAGUGGAAUCCCUUGCUAGGGCUCGAGACGUGAGUGAGGCAGACGCCACUAUCUUGGCGUCUCGAUGCCUUAAAUCAGUCGACGGAGAGUUCAGGUUCACAUGGGACGUGAAAGCAAAGAAGAUCUACGUACCGCCCAUCGCAGAAGACAUAUUAUACUCUAUCCUAUCCACCCCCACUCCCACGCUUUGCCUCGUGCCUACAGAGGAUAAAACGCCAAUCACCUUCUACGACUGUCAUGUCAACAUGUUAGCGAAAUUGACCAAUGAGCGUUAUGUGUUCGUCAGCGUGCCAGGCGGGCAUAGCGUGCAUUUGACUAAUCCAGAGUUCAUUGUGCCGCAAAUUGUUAAGUUUUUUAAUGAGGAUGUAAAAUCAAAGUUAUAAUAAAUAUAACUACUUAUAUGUCUGUAUCUUUCGGCAUUUAAAUAAAUAUAAACUAACAAUUUGUAAAUAUUCGGGUAGUUAUAACAUUUAUUGGUUAACCAAUCAAAUACAAAACCGUCUGAAUCAGUCACUGAACGACUUUAACCUACAUAAUUUGAUCAUGUACCUAAUGUUGGCAUCUACCCUCAACUGGCUUAAGGAGCCAUUUUACUUUUAUUUAAAUACCUAAAGAUACAGACUAUACAGAGUAUAGAGGAAGAAAUUAAGUACAGCUCAGAGCCACUGGUAAUAGCUCUGUGCAAUGCGUAAGUACUCAACGCUGGUGUCGAUUUUAAUAUCUUAUAUAAAUAAAACCUAGAAUUAUUUGCACAA